AUGAAGGCCCCGCGCGCCAGCUGCGAGGGGUACCUCACCUUCCGCACGAGUCCGUCGUCACCCCCGCCCAUGCUGCGGCGCUACUGCUUCCUCGUGGGCACCUCCUUCCACUACUACAGCACGCAGGAAGAUGCGUAUCAUAUGCUUCGGCUCAAGGGCGAGGUGGACGUCCUGGGAGUGCAGGAGUGGGAUGGCAAAGGCAACAUGCACAUCUACCAGCACGGUUUCCUCUUCGCCACGACCCAGAACAAGGUAUUCUACGCGUACGCCGACACGGCCAUGGACAAGGAGAAGUGGAUCCGAGCGAUCCAAACCGCAGUGGAGACGACUGUUCCCCGACUGGCUGCAGCCCUAUUCCAACACGCGACGCUGGAUGUGUCGGUCUCCCCCGUGAGCACGGUGGCAGUGCCGUCGACGGAGACGGAUGUGACGUGCAAGUGCCCGGAUUGCACGAGGUUGACCGCUGAAGCUGCUGCUGCGGGACAACCGGCACCGACUGCUGCGGCACUGCUGUACAAGUGCAACAGCUGUGAUGGAUUGUUUUGUGAUAAGUUUACGACACACAAGGUGCCGCUGCCGCAGAGAUCGCUCUUUUACGCCAAGCGCGUGUGUGACCGUUGUUAUGAAGCGCAGAAUUACAUCAACUACUUGCGCGCUAUGGUGGAGAGACUGAAGGCGGGCAUCUGUCUGUACCCCAAGCCGCUGAACCCUGAAGCCCCGAUUGAGCUCAUCAUGCCCAAGCGCCCGCUGCAGACCGAGUCAGCAAAGAUCGCUAUCGACUUGCUGAAGGCCAAAGUCAUCACAGCGGAGGAGUGCGAGGAGAUCCUGCUGAAAGAUCGACGAUUUUAUGAUCACACCAUGGAUCAUCCCGAAAUUCCAUUGGAUCUAAAGAUCCUGGGUAUACACCGCGAGUUCCGUGCGCGAAGCUUCAGUGUCUAUCGCGCAGUGAUCUUGCUGCAUCGUCACUUGGACAGUGACCCCCUGCUCUUUAAGCCCAUUGUGGAGAAGCUGCUGCAUUUUUCGUACACGCGUAUCAACCAGGUGGAGUUCUACUGGCCCCAGAUCGUCCACGCUUACCUCUCGAUUCCGAAUUUUGACUUUGAAAAGAUCUUUUGGCUUGACGAGCUCAUCCUGUCGGUGUGCUCGCGCUCCAUUCACCUUGCGCUCCUGCUUCGAUGGCAGCUUCAAGGUGCACUGGAAGAUUCGUUUGAUCCGAGGAAGCCGAAGGAAAUGCAAGACAAGUAUGCACGUGUGGUGCGGUUGAUGGUGGAGAUUGAGCGUGAGGUCGCAGGCGUAGACCGUGCUACGGUGCUCAGUCGAGACCCUCAGCAAGAAACGUCGGAGGUGCACAAAAGUAACUUGCCGAUGCCGACAGACGACCAGUUGCAGGUUAUUGUCAAGCUGACGGAGGAGAUUGCGAACCACCGCCGCCAAGCCCACAGCAGCGCUGCCGCCAGUGGUUCACCUACGCGCUUGGAUUCAUACUCGCCGCUGUCGCCUCCUAUGGCGAGGAAUGGGACGGAUCGCAGCGGUUCGUUGGAUGCCGAUGUAGACAGCCGAUUCCGUGAUUUCUCGCGCUUCCAGCAGCACCUUCUCACUCCGAAGGAAGACCUCGAUUCGAUGUUGAUUUCGCAUCCGACUGGUGACGACUACGAACAAGACGAACGGUUAUCAAUUCUCGUGGAGGAGGAUACUGACAAUCAGCCAACCAGCAUCUUUAGUGAAUCUAUGCGGCGCAUGAGCCAGACGGACAAGUCCCUCCUGGCGAAGCACUUUGCUGAUGAAUGUGAUUUCGUCGAGCAGAUCACGGAUAUUGCUGAGGCACUUCGCUUUGUGCCGUCUAUUCAGGACCGAAAGGCGCAGUUACCGUCGUACCUGGAGAAACUACACCUUCCGCCCAUGGCAUACGUGCCGCUGGUAAAAGCUACGGAUCCUUUUGAACGUAUUGUGCGGAUACCCACGAAGGAAGGCACGGCAUUCUCGACGAAAGCGCGCGUCCCUAUUCUGCUUAUCUUUGAAGUGAUUCGCGGCAACCCGUUCAAUGAGGAUCAACAGCAAGACGCAUCGCUCCCUGAGUCACCUCGAUCUCCCUCAAGGCGAAACUUAAACGGCAACGGUGCACUCGAAUCGUCUGAUGUAAGUUACGUCGAUGAUGAUGAAAUCGGCGAGCUAAUUGGGCACCAAGCUAGUGAGGCAUUUUCUGGUGAUGCCGAAGACGCGGAGGAAAUCCACGCCGAACCUCCUAUAGUCCCUGCUGCUCCGGAGCCAACUCCAGUCGCCGCUCCUCGGCGAGCUCCCGUUCCUGAGACGCCAAUUGACGUCCCCGAUAUUGUUUCCACGCCCUCAACGGCCCCGCCAGUGCUAAGUGAUAGUGCACUUGAUAGUGCUGUAACGACCGAUGGUACACCUUCAGCUCACUUGGAGAUGGACUUGGCAACAGGCAACUUGACUGCAGAGGCGAUGGAGCGGGAGAAAGCGCGCCGUAGGGACUUCGAGGCGGCUUUUGGUGAAUCAUGGAGCUCUAAACGGGAUCGAUUGAAAGCGGCAUCACCGUUCGGGCACCUGCCCGGGUGGGAUAUUGUGUCAAUGAUUGGCAAGAGCAAUGACGAUCUUCGCCAGGAAGUGUUCACACUGCAGCUGAUUCAGAAAUUUGUUGAGAUUUUCAAGGGCGCCAAUCUGCCGAUGUGGGUAAAGAGAUACCGUAUCAUCGCUACGAGCUCCUCUACGGGUCUUAUCGAGACCCUGAUCAACGCCAUUUCGCUGGACGGUUUGAAGAAGCGCGAAGGUUAUGUCUCGCUGCUUCAUCACUUUGAGAAGUCGUAUGGUCCACCUGACUCGCACCGAUUCAAGGAAGCGCGGCGGAAGUUCAUCCAGUCUAUGGCAGGAUACUCGCUUGUGUGCUACUUCCUCCAGAUCAAGGAUCGGCAUAACGGCAACAUCAUGUUGGAUAACGAGGGGCACAUUAUCCACAUCGACUACGGCUUUUUGCUCGGCAUUGCUCCGGGUGGAAUGCUGAGCAUCGAGACGGCUCCAUUCAAGCUGACGGCCGAGAUGGUGGAGACGAUGGGCGGUCAGGACUCUGAGGGGUUCAAGGAGUAUGUUACGCUCUGCACGCGAGGUUUCCUCGCAUGCCAGCAGCACUGCGACGAAAUCUGCGAUCUCGUCGACGUUAUGUCGCGCCAGUCACCGUACCCUUGCUUCCUGGGCAUUGACGCUGACUAUAUUUUAUUGCGCCUGCGCGCACGCUUCAAGCUAACGUUGUCCAAGCAAGAAACUGUGGCGCACGUGCUGUCGCUUAUCCGCAAGAGCAACAACAACUACAGCACCCGCCAAUACGACAACUUCCAGCGCAUGACGAACGGUAUUCUUCCGUAG